AAGGUUUUGAGCAGGCUCACAGCUAGCACAGAUCGCAGUCGCGUCGAUUAGUGGCAGAAAAGGCCCACCGGCAGCAUUUCGCACCGCUCUCACUGCUUUCAGGCAGCGUUUUGCACUCCUGCAGGCUUCACAGUCACACUGCAUCCAAGUCCAGCGAGGCUAAAAAGCGAGCACAGCUCAAAAUGGCCUGCCAACGCGGCCUCGCGCUGAUCACCGGCGGCUGCGGCGGCCUAGGCAUGGCCUUCGCGCGCAGCUGGCUGCAGCGCGGCGGCAGCGUACGACUGGCGGACAUGGUGUCGCAAAAGAAGGGCGACGAGGCGUGCCAACAGCUUGGAGGCAACACCACAUUCGUGAGCUGCGACGUGACCGACAAGGAACAACUUGGAGAGGCCUUCGCCAACGCCGAGGACCUGUCAUUGGUCAUAAACAACGCUGGGAUAGUAGCUCACGACGGCGCGGACCUCUUCGAGAACUGGGAGCCCAUGAUCGGUAUUAAUGUUGAUGGUGUGGUAAAUGGGACGAGGCUCGCUCUAGAAACCUUUGAAGGACAAAAACCCAUCGAGGACGGCACUUCUAGAGUUAUAUUAAAUGUGGGGUCCAUGGCCGGGCUGAUACCGACGACGGUGAUGCCCGUGUAUACGGCGACGAAGUACGCCGUCGUGGGCUUCACGCGCGCGAUGCACGUUGCAGCCUCCAAGCGCUACGAUCCAUCAAUCAAAAAGAAUGUUCCGACGGGCAUCCGCGUGCACGCCGUGUGCCCGUCCUUCGCCGACACGGGCAUGGUCAACGCCGACACGUUGGCCAAGGACCCGCGGAACAAGCGGACGGUCGAGUUGUUUGGAGGGCUGCUGACGCCGGAUUUCGUAAGUGAAGCGGCGUUCGAGAAAUGCGUGGAUGACCCCGCCGCCCGAGCUAUUUUGAGGGUGACGCCCGUCGACGGCGUCAAGUUCGACGAGCCGGGGGCGCAUCCUGUGGAGAAAGCGGUGAGAAACAAUGCCAUCCGGGCGGACCCCUGGGGGACGCUGAGGAAGAUCAUGGGGAGUAAAUAAAGCUAAAGAUAAAA